AUGCUCUCCGGAUCGCUUCUGGGUUAUCUUUUCUUUGUGACGCUCCUUCCACUUUCGUCUCUAGGCGCAGGCGUCUUGAAGAACGUGACGAUCGGCUCUGAUAACCCCUCUGUCCUUUUCUCGGCUGGAUGGAGCUCAGCACUGCGAGAAGGAGAUGUUAGUGAGGUUGUCUCCUCGGACAGGUAUGGAGAUUGGGUCGAGUUGGUACUACCAGUGAGCACGGUCGCAGUGUAUUAUGUUGGAUUUACACAACCCGACGGAGCGCUGUAUGCUGCGUGUGUCGAUUGCGAGGAGCCUUGGGGUCGAUUUAUGAGAGUAGAUGCAUUUGAUCCCCACGAGAACGAUACGCCAGUCACUCUCUUGGCUUUUACUGGUCUUGAUCCAGAACGAUCACACGUCCUGGACGUAAUGAAUGUCAGAGACCCACGUUUUGGAUAUGCCGGCCAGAUAACGUUUGCAGGAGCAAUAGUCACCGUUCUUGAAGACGAUGUCAUCUCGAAGUGGGACAAUGAGUUAUCAACGGCCUCGUUGGCCCUAGCUUCUGCUGUCAAGCUCACAGCUUAG